AUGAACAAAACUGUCCAACGGGCAUGUCGUUUACAAGGCUUUUUUAAGCAUUUGACACAAGGCCCUUUUCGUUCGUAUUCUACGAAACCCUUAAUUGUUCUCGGCAUUGAAACGUCCUGCGAUGAUACGUCUGCUGCCGUAGUUACAUCCGAUCGCAAGAUCUUGUCAGAAAUCGUCCGAACACAGCAUCACUUACAUGAACCACUUGGUGGUAUUGUUCCAACCCUCGCUUCCACUGGACACAUGCAGAAUUUACCCAUGGUUGUACGUGAGGCCUUGGAGCAUGCCAACAAAAGCAUAAACGAUAUUGAUUGUGUUGCUGUAACUCGAGGGCCAGGUUUGCCACCGUGCUUGUCCGUCGGUAUGAACGCAGCGAAGACCCUGGCUGCUGUGGCUGGAAAGCCAAUUGUUGGUGUCCAUCAUAUGGAAGCACACGCACUUACUGCUAGAUUAACCACUGAAAACUCAAUGGGCGACCAUUUACCUGCACCAGCAUUCCCUUUUAUGACUUUGCUCGUCUCCGGAGGUCAUACCUUACUUCUACAAGCCAAUGCCGUUGGAAAUUAUGACCAAGUUGGAUCUACUAUGGACGACGCUAUUGGAGAGGCAAUUGAUAAAGCAUCAAGAGCAUUGGGUUUAAAGUGGGCUCAAGGUCGCCGAGGCGGGCCAGGUGUGGCAUUAGAACAAGCAGCAUUGAAAGGAGACCCUUUGCGGUACGACAGUAUGUUGCCUUUGCCUCUCAGUGAGCGAGAAUGGACCAAAAAAAUUGGGUUCAGCUUCUCUGGUCUCAAGACAGCCAUGAUGAGGAUGGUGGAGCGACAAAAUAUCACAAACAGUGAACAAGAUGUGGCGGAUGCCGCAGCUACCUUUCAAUCAAAAUGUAUUCAACACUUGGAGCAAAAACUUCGUCUUGCAUUAGAUCAAUCUAUCAUGCAGCAGAGCAUUCCUCUCACAGCUCUGGUAGUCAGUGGUGGGGUUGCGAGCAACAAGGUGUUACGGUCACGCUUAGAAGUACUGGCUGCGUCUUACGGGCUUCCUUUAAUAUGCCCGCCUCCCAAACUAUGUACCGAUAAUGGGGUUAUGAUUGCAUGGGCUGGAAUAGAAAGGUAUCAAGCUGGCUUGAUCGAUGAUUAUGAAAUUACAACUAUACCAAAAUGGCCAAUAGAAAGGUUAAAGGAUGUGGUCACCAAAUAG